UAUUAACAAAACGUCAAUGACGUCAGUUGACAUUAAGCGUCGAGUGAAUAACCUCAAGAUUUGUUUACGUUGAACUAAUUUCGACCCAACAUUCACAACAAAAUGGCGGCUCCACUUGGAACUAUACCCUCGUCAACACGAUUUCUGUAUGCAUUGGUGCCAACCCGAAUUCAAUUCGUCCCUAAAUCCAAGCAGGCAGCUACUUCAGGUCAGGUCAGGUCAAACAGUACGCAAAUAGCAAAAAUCAGACAAUACAAACGCACCGAAAUGCGUGAAAAGAAAAAAGUUGUAACAUUCAACAAAAAUGUCCCUGUGGAGGAAGAAAUUGAAAUAAAACGAAACUUUAGAUCUCGGAUGAAGUACGAAAUACACACAACUACGGACAAAAUGCAAACCCAUGACGCAAUUUUUUUGGGAGAGACGGGACGGGAAGCGGGAAAUAUAAUAAUGGUACAGUAUAGUAUACAAGAAGAACACAGUUACUCCUGUUGCAAUUAUGACCCAAAAAGUGAAACAGAUCGGGAAACACAAAUCGCCGAAGAGAAGACAAAGACGUGUGAACCCAAAGGUCAUGUAGAUCUGGAGAUACAACAACCUGGAAAGAAAACCAGAAGCCAGAAACACACGUGGUAUACCUGCCACACCUGCGAUUUUAAAACGAAAAUGGAAGAUUCGUUUCGCUUCCACGUCCAGAGCGGAAAUCACAAAGUCAUCGUAUACGCCGCAAAGAAAAAAGAAAAGUCAGCUACAAACACAAUCAACAGAAGAAAACAAGUUGAUGUAGUAGACAAUGAGGCGCCUCCAGAAAUCAAAAUGGAAAUAGUAGAAAACGAUCUACCAAGAAACGAAACCCACGAAACCACAAAAAUGCAAGAUUCCCUUCAAUUCUCCUCAUACGCCACAGAAACCGAAAUCAAACAAGAACCAUGUGAAGAUUGGGCCGAAGUUAACGUCCACGAAGACACCAAAGAGUGUAUACCACUCGACACAACUCCCCCCGACGACGUCCCCGACGCCAAAUUCAAAUGCCUCCACUGCAAAUACCAAACCGACUGGAAAAACAACAUGACCAAACACGUCGCCGCCCGCCACACCCCCUCCGACAAAAUCCAGUGGUUCCAUUGUGCCCACUGCUCCUACAAAGCCAAAGUCCGCGAAAAUCUCCUCAAACACUGGCAAUACGUACACAACAAAAGCCAGACGUUGAAGUGGCUAUACUGCGACAAGUGUUCCUACAAAGCUAAGGGGGCUAUCCUUCUCAAAAACCACGUUAUAACUUAUCAUACUAGACCCGACGAAAUCAAAUGGUGGGCUUGCGAUGAAUGUCCGUUUCGGGGUAAACUCAAGACUCAGUUGACUUGGCACAUGAAGACCAAACAUCGACCUGUGUGGCUUUGUUGCGACAAGUGUCAUUACAAAACUAUGGAAAAGAACUCGUUGUUGUCGCAUAUAAGGAUGCACGAUAAGAUUUUAAAGUGGUUCCGGUGUAAGCAGUGUCCGUACCAAUCGUUUCGGAUUCGGGAAAUGGAAGAACACAUUCGUGCGUUACAUGGGGUGGAAAAGUUUGAUUUUGAGCUCGCGGAACUGAGUUUUAGUCCGAAAGUUCCGACGAAGGUGGAAAGGGAUGCGUGUUUUGAAGGGGGUGAUAAUGGGGGGGUGAAGUGUAAAUUCUGUGAUUUUGUUACAGAUGCGGCGAGUGAGGUGGAGAGACAUAUUGGGGAAAGGCAUAAUUUGAUUACACUAGUGUAGGUUUCGCUGUAAAUAUUUGGAACUCAAAGCAUCAUAGUGAUAAUCACAAUUUGAUUAAAAUUGUGUUGACAAAUCUGCCAGUUAGGUAUUAAGAUGUCUUUAUUAUAUUUUAUUUUAUAUGAAUAAAUUUGUUGCAAUCGUGUGUAGUACCGUAUACUUCGUUGUGGUGGCGCUAAUAGACGACAACCGAAUGUCACCGAGCUCAUUGUUCGCAACCACAACAUUUUUUUUGGAUUAAUGCCAGUGGCGUACCACAAAAUUGUUACGCAUUCCUGUGAAUUUAAAUCCGGUUUUUUAUUAGUUUUAUUUGUGAUGUUCGAGUUUUCGUUAUUGACUUAUGAAUAUUUGUCAUUGGUAAUUGUUUGUUUUGGUUUUUUAAUGAAAUAAAAUAUUUUUUCUUUUAAUUGAUUGCCUUUUUACUGUCCGCCACUGUGGCUAACAAAAUUGUGAUAGUGAAUUCCUGAACCCUUAUUCUAAGACUAGAUGCGUUUGUUAUAUCUUUCCAUUACCAGAAAACAUACACGGUGUUGGAACUAAUUACUAACUCAAUCAGUAGUCAUUAAUUUGUUACCCCGAAACCUAACCUCACUUUUCGGAUGGCCAAAUGUCGCAACUGAAUGAAAAUUCCUCGUCGGCGCACAAAAGUGUCCUGCAGUCGGAAUACACGGAUUUCCAAGAUGCUUUCUUUAAACAGUUCGUUCGACCGUUUCAAAGAAUAUGUGGUCAAACCCCAACAAACGAAGUUGUGACAAAGAAACCCCAGGAAGCUACAGCCCCCAUACCACCACUCUUAAAAGAAGAAAAAAUUGAAAAAGUUGAUUUAACUUCAGAGGAAAUAAACACAGACCUUUUUCUCGAUUGGAGAGAUAACUGGCAGUACGUAGACCCUACACAAAACAACUUGGUGCGUCCGGAAAUAAAACUGGAAAGUGUGGAUUUAAAGGAAAAUAAACAUUGGGCCGACAUUGACAUAUCAGAAGAUGAAGUGGUGACGCGACCUGAACCCAGCAUCGAGGAUGAAAUAUGCAACUAUGUGUUGUAUAAACACACUUUGGAACCUGAUCCCGAAGCGAAUAAGGCAAGUGAAGCUUCAGCUUCACGCUCAUUUGAAAAUAUAGUAAAAAUUGAAAGUCCGAAGAAUGGGAAUUUCAAACGUGCAAUAAAUUCGCAAAAACUGGCAAAACCUGCAGUGCCAACAAAAAAAAGAUCCAAAGUCCUUCAGAAGAAAGUGAAAAUUGGUGGCGCAGAAAAUCAACAAGCUCAAAAUUAUGGGUAUGCAUUCGUCAAUUCAAGUGUACCAAUUUACGACUACGGCACAACUUAUCGCCAAACCUUUGAAGCAGUGACAGUUCCAAAUUUGAGCAAAAAUGGAUUAAAACAGAACGUUAGUCGAAAAAGGGCGCAAAUUAAUCAAGAACCACAAGUUUACGGGAUGUUACAUCCAAAUGGACAAAUUUAUGGUUAUGACACAGCUUCCUUAACACCUAGUGCUCCGAUGAACAGUGAAGACGCUUUGGUUAUUCAAAUCCCACAGUGUAUAGAAUCGAGUGGUUACGUUCCAGUUGCAGUUCACGCUGUAGGUGAUUAUAUAAUAACAACAUUAAAAAAUGAAUCCAUACUUUAGUA